CACCGCCCAGCAUGGCUGCCUCCACCCUGUCCAUAUGCUCCAGUGACCUGAGCUACAGCCGCCGGGUCUGCCUGCCUGGGUCCUGGGGCUCCUGCACCGGCCCCUCCUGGCAGGGGGACAACUGCCCCGAGAGCUGCUGCAAGCCCUGCUGUGUCCCCAGCUGCUGCCAGUCCAGCUGCUGCAUCCCGGCCCCCUGCCUGACCCUCGUCUGCACCCCUGUGAGCUGCGGGUGCAGCCCCUGCCAGUCAGCCUGCACCAGCUCGUGCACACCCUCCUGCUGCCAGCUGUCUAGCUGCCGGCCCUCCUGCUGCACCUCCUCCCCAUGCCAGCAGGCCUGCUGUAUGCCCGUGUGCUGUAAGCCCAUCUGCUAUGAGGCCUCCCUCUGCCCAGCCUCCUCAUGCUGCCAGCAAUCUAGCUGCCAGCCCUCCUGCUGCACCUCCUCCCUGUGCCAGCAGGCCUGCUGCAUGCCUAUCUGCUAUAAGCCCGUGUGCUGUGUGCCCAUUUGCUGUAAGCCCGUCCGCUGCACGCCUGUGUGCUGUGUGCCCGUCUGCUGUAGGGCUGCCCCCUGCCCAGCGACCCCGUGCUGCCAGCCCACCCCCUGCCCCCCAUCCCGCUGCAGACCCUCCUCCUGCGUGUCCCUGCUCUGCCGCCCCCUGUGCAGGAGUCCCACCUGCUGCUGA